GGAAUUAGCGUUGGCUAGCCGGGAACGUCAACUCUUCGACCCUGAACAUCCGAGUUUCGAGAGCCGAACGAAUACUAACACUGCGAAGAGCACCGCCAAAUCCGGCACUGACGCGAUGCCCAGUACAUCCUCGCUGGAGUCUUCUCUCCGUGAAACCAUAGAGUUACGAGAGACUGUGGAGAGACUACUCGCUUCGGCGCG